GAAACUGCGGGUGGUGCGGGCUGUAAAUUCAAAAUGGCGGAAAAACAAUGGCAAGUUGUAAACAAACAAGAGAUCGAGAAAAAAUGGCCUUUACAUUUCCUUGUUUUUGAAGAUAAGUCCGGACAACUCCGGGAUGCAUUAAAGGAAAACAAGGUUGAGUUUUUAAGCUGUUUAUUUUUAUCUGUUAGUGCAUAAGUGUGGAAAAAAUUAUAUAAGUAAUAAAAUAUUUUUAAAACGUUUUAACAUAUGACAGCUGAGGUCAUUCCGAAAGCAAAAGCGAUUGUAUUAGUUAUUAUUAUUUAUACAUAUUGACUUUACCUUAUUACCUGCGUACGUUUUAAUUGAAAUAAUUUAAAUUGUUUUUGCUGUAUUAUACGAUAGUGUAUUGUACAGUACUGCCAAAACAGACGAAGAUACACUAAUAUAAAACAUGCUUAUGUGUUAUGUCAGCGAAUAAGUGUUUAUAAUAUUACAUUUGAACCCUAUUUUUUAACAGACACAUUUGGCACCACACAAAUAUGCCUGCUUGAAAGUAGUGUCUGCUUUAAAUAGGGGUUAUAAUAAUAUUGUUUUAUUAACCUGAGGUUUGUGUCCAUUUAUAUUAAAAGGAGUGCCCCAUUAAAAAAGGACCACCAUGUUUGAGAUAUCUUCUUCAAGUAGUUCAGACACAAACCAUGGCAGCUUAUUGUGAAGCACUAUCUACACUGGGCCACCAUGUUUGAGAUAUCUUUUUCAGAUAGUUCAAACACAAACCAUGGCAGCUUAUUGUAGAUUCUACAAUGUAGAAUACUACCUACACUGAUCCACCAUGUUUGAGAUAUUUUUUCAGGUAGUUCAGACACAAAACAUGACAGCUUAUUGUAGAAUACUACCUACACUGAUCCACCAUGUUUGAGAUAUUUUUUCAGGUAGUUCAGACACAAAACAUGACAGCUUCUUCUCUUAACCUAGGUUGAUAUUGAAAACCUUGAUCCUUGUGGUCGAACAGCGCUACAUAUUGCUGUGUCUUUGAGUCGUACAGAAUGUGUGAAAAUAUUGCUAGAUCAUCACGCAAAUGCGAAUGCAGUGAACAAGCAAGGAUGGAAUGGUACGAUAAUUUAAGACAAUUUACAUAAUAUAAUUCAUCAUAGGUAUUUUUAAGAGCACUUGGGUUGAGGGCACUCUAAUACCCCCUCCCUCAAAAUGUGUCAACUCCACGAAUCCCCCUCUCCUGCCUCCCUGAGAAAAUUUAACCCACCUGGUAAAUCCCACCCUUCUAGAAAACAACCUCCUGCCACUACAAAAAGUCCCCCUUAAGGAUCGAAUUUGCCCCCCUCCCUGCAAUGGGUGUGGUCAUUUGUGGGAAUGAGUAUGACACCCCCUCCCUGUCCUUGAUGAGCCACGUUUUUAUUGCAAAAUCAAAACAAAAUUUUAUUUCAGUUUGUCAAGAGGCAGUUAGCAGCGGAGACCCAGAGAUACUCUCCCUUGUAUUCAAACAACGAGAAUUCCAGAGAGCAACCCAACGCCUUGAUGGAAUACCUGAACUUCUGGAUGACCUUAAUGCUGUAAGGUUGAGUCUGUAUGAUAAGUAAAAUCAUUGAUGUAUGCUAUCAAAGUCUCAGCAGGCAUUUAGCCAGGUGGCCGUCCAACCGUCCUAUAGAUAGCUACUUUAAAAAUAAGACGACCAUGGACGGCAUAAGAAAAUGUUUUCUUUAAUACCUACAAAGUUGUCAACUGUUGUUUAUCUAUUCUACAAGAAAAGACACUGAAUUAUGAGUACACCACCACUGAUUUCAAGCUCCAUGUUUUUUUACCAUGUUCAUCAAAGAAUAGGUUGUCACACCCACGGUAUUUUUUGGACAGCCAGAUUUGACACCCUGGCUAAAAGCCUUUUGCAUGUGUAAAUUUUGAAGGAUUGUAGGAAAUGUUUCAGGAAACUGACUCAGUGUUUAAAAGUUUAACACUUCCCUCAAACAUUUUUUACAAAUCUUUCAAAAUGAAUGCAAAUGAAUGCAAAAUAUUCCUACUGUGAUCACAGAAACUUUGAUAGUGUAAGCCAGGCUUUGGUUGAUGACAUCGCUCAGAAGAAAUACGCAUUGAUUUUUUUAGGCUCCAGAUUUUUAUAUUGAGAUGAAAUGGGAAUUCACAACAUGGGGUAAGCUAGAAAUGAGAAUUUUGAAUUUUUCAUUUGCACCUUAAAAUCCAAAUGCUUUUUUCUUUACGAGCAAAAUUGUCCAGCAUUAAACACUAUAUAGAGUCAGACAACCAAUGAACUGCAUCUGGAAGAAUUCUUGUGCACUUCAUGAUUUAAUGCCAAUUUAUAAUCAAAUGACAUUAAGGGCACAUCAAGGUGCAAUGCAACGUAAUGGGUUAAACUUUUUUUGCAGUUCCUUUUAUGUCGAGAAUGUGCCCUAGUGAUACGUACAGAAUAUUUAAGCAAGGCUGUAAUGUCCGAGUAGACACAACCUUAGUUGGAUUUGAUCAGAAUCUUGUCGACUGGGAACGAGGAAACAUGAGUUUUGUUUUCAAAGGCACAGGUAAAGUGGACUUUAUUUAAGAAGGGGAACAAAAACCUGGUUAGCAUUAGGGGCGGCGCCAGUGUAGGUCACGUGGAUAAUAAACAGCAGGAGGUACAACUACAAAUCUCACAGCUUCUAAACAAGAUGUCUUCGCAUUUCUUGUUCCCAGUUGUUGACAAGUCUGGAACAAGUUGUUAUGUAAUAUUUCAAAUCCGACUAUGAGGUCUGGACUAGAUUUCAAGUUCACGCAAUUUGUUGGCCGGAGGAUUUGAAAUGACAUCUCAUACGAAUAAAUCACAACGUAACGUGAGAUGAAUUUAUUUUAAUCUAGUCCUAGGACUGGAUCAAUAUACAUCACCAGGUAUCCAGUAUUACCAUGUGAGCAAAAUAAAGCAAUAUGGUUGGCUAAUUUACUCAUGAAUUAUUAAUGAAUUUGAGAUCAUCUUGUAACAAGGUUGAUGAGGCCACAACAGACUCUCAACAAGUUGUUCCAACAAAACUGAUCGUCUACACAUAAUUGUUACGAACAGCCUCUAUUAGUCUUGUUGGAACAACUGCAAGAAACUAAUGCUAAUUGUUUUCAGUAUACAGUAUGCAUGCAGUAACCUUGUAUUUGGAGGUCAAUAAAUUUCAUGCAGCAGCCGUUUUACUGUUUCUUUAGCGGAGGGUGCUGAGUUUUUCGAAAUCGAUCACGAACGAAAAAUGUUUACGAAAGAAGAACUUCAAAUGAGGUAGGUUAAUCAUGUGAAGUCAGAAACGAUUUUAAACUUUAUUUCAGCAUUUGAAUAAGACUAUUUUUGGAGUUGAUAGGCAUUUACUCUACAGGUUUAAAUCAUAGCUAGCUCCACUUCCUUCAACCCUCCAACGGUUUACGAGUUGAUCUGUUUCUCCAGAAUUCUUAAUCCAUCCAAAGCGCAUAUUUUAAAAUUUGAAUUUGGAGCUAGACUCUCACACGAUGAAGGCAGCGUCACUCCACGACUCUUCUGCAGUUUAUGAACAGCUAGAUUUCUUCUUGCUUAGGGAUGAAACUCGAGAUCCCAACAGAUUCGAGACGACACAAGAGGCGAUCAAUACCAGGAUGAGCUCACCAAACAUCUCGACAAUUUUAGACACAGAUUCGAUAGCUUUUACGAAGUAUGUAUACGUUUUUUUAGCAUUGGAUGUUGUUUUUAAGAGAAAAACAUAACUCGAGUAUUCACUAGCUCACCAGGUCGGUGUCGAGUAGUCGUGCAUGCAAACCAGAACGAAAGUUGGUGAGAGGUUAUGGUAAUGUCUAAAAGGGAUGGACAAGAGGUAGUUUAUACGAGAUGGUUCCAAAAUUGAAAUAAAAGUUUGCGUUAGUAUUAGGGUUAGUGUGGGGGUUAGGGUUAGGUGUGGGGUGAGGGUAAGGUUUAGCAUUGUUGCAAUUGGCUGGUUGUUGAUUCUUUUACGUUUUAAUGAUCUUAAAAACUGGCGGCCAUCUUGAAAACCUGUCUCUAUUCCAUCCCCUUUAACCACGACCGAGAGUUUGCAUGAGAGAGUUCCACAGUGGCGAAACUAGCCAUGGCAUGACUGGUCAUGCUAUGCAAAUAAACUUGCAUCCAAAUAGAUUAAAGACAAUACAUUUCUAAAGAUUUGAAAUCAUUGAAAUCAUUUGCAUAGCAUGACCUGUUGCUAUGGCUAGCAUUCCCACUGGAGUUCCACCGACUGUCAUGGCUCGGGCAAGCGAGAACAAGAGUUGCAUGAGAGUUGACGAGAGUUGAGAAGCGAGAGUUUCAAUGAAAGUUUUCUGAACUUUCAUGUCCUGGUCAAACGAGAACAAGAGUUGCAUGAGAGUUGAGAAGCGAGAGUUUCAAUGAAAGUUUUCUCAACUUUCAUGUCCUGGUCAAACGAGAACAAGAGUUGCAUGAGAGUUGAUGAGAGUUGAGAAGCGAGAGUUUCAAUGAGAGUUUUCUCAUCUUUCAUGUCCCGGUCAAACGAGAACAAGAGUUGCACGAGAGUUGAUGAGAGUUGAGAAGCGAGAGUUUCAAUGAAAGUUUUCUCAACUUUCAUGUCCUGGUCAAACGAGAAAAAGAGUUGCAUGAGAGUCGAUGAGAGUUGGCGGUGAAAUGGAAGCGAGAAUUGCAACUGGCAUCAACUCUUAGUUUGUGUAUCGUAGGCAUAAAACGAUGUGGGGAUGGGGAAGUGAUAAAACAGAAACUAUCGAAGAUCAUGAAGGGAAGAUGUAUGACGCAACUGGUAUUGAUGUUGUCACGAGGAUAAGAUUUGAACAUUUAACUGAUGAUGAUAAAGUGCGCGAGAAAGCAAAAGGUUUGUUGGAGGUUAAAUUUUAUGUAAACUUACCAGAUACACCCUUCCGGAAAUUACGUUUACCUUGGCUAUGUAGAGCCUCGUUUUCACCAUUGAGACGUUGGGCUUGAGGCUUGAUAGCCAAGAUGACGUAAUUUCCAGAAGCAUGUGUUAACUUUAUAUUUCACUUAUAUAGCUAAACAGUUCUCUUUAGAGGUCCAGUAAGAGACAUUUCUUACUUGUCAAGUGUUACUACAGAAAGAAACUUGCUUCAAGGAACCUGCGGUGCCUGACAAAGUGGAAAUAUAACUAUUAUGUUUAUUUCUUGAUUCAGUAUCUGGUUCUGGGACUGGUCUUCAGGGCGUCUUGUCUGGAGAACAACAAGAAACAGUCUGUGAUUUGGAGGUAUUUUAUACUAUUCGUCUCCAAUCUCGUACCCAGAGUAUGCCCGUUCGCAGGUUAGGUUUAUGCCCAGCACCUAACCAGCGAACGGGCAUACUCUGGGUACGAGAUUGGUUCGUCUCUUGUCCUUUGUUUUUCUGCAUAGUCUUUGAGGUAACUAUUUUAUUGAUCUGAGGUAACUAUUUUUAGGAUCCAGAGAUUGUUGAUCGGCAUUCACUCAAUCCGUACAAUUUGUCACUUGAAGAAUAUUUCAAUUUGCCGCUGAACAAAUCAAAGAAAGGUAUGCAUGUUUAGGGGUAUGUAGUUCAAAUCUGGAUUCGACUCCUGUAGUAUGUAACUACUGUAUUUGAAAAUGAAUUUGAAAUUGGAUUUGGUUGUCUGAUUUCCACCUCAGCUGGACAUGUAGCGACAUUUCCCUGUAUCUGUACCCACCGGCUUAAUGGUUUCUAAUCAAUCUAUUCAGACAUAGGUCGUCCAAAAGAUAUGAUCAGUAAGACACAAAAGUUCAAGGCUACAUUAUGUCUAUGUCCAACUUAUCCGUUAUCGCUACAACAGCAAGUUCUUCCUGUUAUUAAAUUGUUGGUAAGUUUGCAUUAUCAUGUAUGUUUCAUCAUAAUAUCUGAUUCACUUUUUAAACUCGGGUGUAUCAGCCACGUUAUAGAUAUAUAGGUGGCUGUAAAUCAGAUUUACGGUAAACGGACAAGUAACGAUCAUGUAAUUCAUCUUCUAUUUCUAAUACGUUUAUAUUUUAUUUAGGCAAUCAGCAAUUCUCAUUUUGCGAAGCUGCGUGAUUUUGUUGCCCUCCAUCUACCAUCUGGAUUCCCGCUCAAAAUAGGUGCGUAGUUUUCCAAUUUUAAAAAUAGUUGGUCAAGCCGUGUCCAGCGAAGGCCUUUCGUUAGACUAGUAGUCAAGUAGUUUGUCUACCACCGUCUCGAAGAGUCUUCGCUCGAAAUGUCGAAGUUCUCCUUGUAUUUUUCAGGUAGUUGUAUCCCUAUCAAUCCACAGUAUUCAAAAUAAAACUUAUAGAUUGUUUUAUUUGUUUUUAGAAAUUCCAGUAUUUCAUUUUCUCAAUGCUCGUAUUACGUUUGGAAAUAUAAAUGGCAUGCUCACCCCAGUCUCCGGCGUCCAGUCACAAGUGACGUCAGAACCGAGCACUGAGGAAGAGAAUGGCAACGAGUCUAGAGUCACGUGUUCAGUUGACAUGGAGCGGUUUUCACCUCCGUCUGAUUAUGCCGAUAGAAGCAGAGUGGAACAACAUUCAGGUGGGUUCAACUGGGAGUUCGCCUGCGUGCAGGCAAGGACUUAAACCUCAGCGGAAACGUUGUUUCCUAACCAUGAUUCCUGAAGGUGGACAAACCAGGAAACACGUUUAAACACAAACCAGUUAUUGUAGAAUACUGCCUACACUGGACCAGCACGUUUGAGAUAUAUUUCUCAAGUAGUUCAGACACAAACCACGACAGCUUAUUGUGGAGUAUCCAGUGACGAUGGUCAACUUCAAGGCUACUAACUCUUGACGAAGGGCCUUCGCUCGAAACGUCGAGUUUCUGCUUAUUUUUUAAGUUAGUAAUAUAACCACUCAGCACAGCAUUUUCACAUUGGUACUACCCACACUGGUACAGACAGUUUUAGUAUUGUAGAAUACUACCUACACUGAACCACCAUGUUUGAGAUAUCUUUUUCAGGUAGUUCAAACACAAACCACGACAGCUUAUUGUAAAAUACUACCUACACUGAACCACCACGUUUGAGAUCUCUUUUUCAGGUAGUUCAGACACAAACCACGGCAGCUUAUUGUAGAAUUCUACCUACACUGGACCACCACGUUUGAGAUAUCUUUUUCAGGUAGAUACAAACCACGACAAUUCAUCUUAUAUGUGUUAAUGUGUUAUAUAUACCACAGGUCAACAUAUGCAAAGUGAGGAAGAACUAUUAAUUCAACUGGCGAUACAACAAAGCCUUGCUGACUCAAACCUUGACGGUGAUGUUCGCCAAGAGUCCUGGGCACAAGGAACACGUCUAUCAAACAGUGAAGAAGAAGAUAUUCAAAGGUAAGAGCUGAACGUGGCACUGUGGUUGACGGGAUUUUUGUAUUCUGCAGUUGUUUGAUUAUAUUUUCAUGUGAGGCAUUAUAUUCCUUGUGCAGUAACACUGAGAAAUAGGGAAUGAACCUUACUGGACCUGUUGGAAAAACAGUUUAGAACUGAUAGAGCUAUCCAGUGUAAAUAAAGUUAAUUUGGUUUAGAUUUCGUCCUGCAUAGUAACACUGUAUCAAUAACAGAUGAUCCUUACUGGACCUGUUGGAAAAACAGUUUAGAACUGAUAGAGCUAUCCAGUAUAAAUAAAGUUAAUUUGGUUUAGAUUUCGUCCUGUAGUAACACUGGAUCAAUAAGAGAUGAUCAUUACUGGGCCUAUAGGGAGAACAGUUUAGAACUGAUAGAGCUAUCCUAUGUAAAUCAAGUUAAUUUAGUAAGAUUUUCAACUGUAGUGAAGGAAAUAUUAAAAGAGUUUAAAACUCAACGUUUGAUGAUUUUGAGAAUGAUUUUCUUGUUCAGAGCAAUAUGUGAAAGUCUUGUCAAACAGGGAGGAACAAGUGACGCUGCACAAGCGACGAGCGAAGGAGGGGAAGCUACAAGCUCUUACGAUGAACAAUUGCAAAUCGCUUUGGCAAUGUCGGAACAGGACAUGAUGUCAAAAUCUCGCGAGACAAGGAAUGAUGAUGAUGAAUUAGAAAGGAUUUUGAAAUUAUCUCUCACGGAGAAAUAAAUAUAUUAUAUACAAUAUGAGAUAUACUAAGUAUAUUUUGCGGGCGAAAGAUAUUUAUGAUCUGCACCGGAGGCGUAAGGCUGAGAGAAAACUAGUAAAGUUCGCUGAGAAACAUUGUUUCUUCACCUGACGGCGAAUUCAAUCAGGAAACAUUGUUUCCUAGCCAUGUUUUGCGAAGGUAGCUAAACCAUCAUAUGUGGUUUCACUAAGCGCUAUCGUGCAGCAGAUGAUGGUCAACCUGCAGUUAUCAGAGUGAGAAAAUAAUGUCCUUCUUUUCAUUAUAUGCAGUCUUCGAUUUGGUGGCCAAUCAAGUAAAAUUGAGAGAUUUUCUUGCCAAUUUUCUUUCCACAUUGGAGACGUAGUUUAAUUUUCUUACCAAUUUUCUUGUAAAAUGAGGUAUUUUAUUUCAGAGAUAAUACUGUACGAUAUAGUGUAAUAAUGUAAAAAUAAACUUCAAUGAAACUAAAUUUUAUGGCCAAUAUGUCCAAUAUUCAAACAUAGAUAGCACAGUGUAACCACUAUGGCCGUAGUAACAUGAAGUGUUUCCACGCAGGCUAGCUUGGCGCUUUAAUUUUUCCUGAAUUCUAAUUGGUUCUAAAACGCAUUCUCUCUUCUCCAAUCGACCAAUCAUGUUCAAGAACAAUCCACGUGCAUUUGCGCGAAAUUAAAGUUCACAUUUGGAAAGAUGGUGGAUUGACUAGAAUUAUACGGAUGAAUUUUUAGCUAACUUUUAGCCACUUUGGCC